CCUUUUAAAGCGCCUUUCCUCCCGUUCCUCCCUCCCAGACGGUCUCUGUCUCACCGGAGCGUUAGAACAUCUCGUAACCUGUGGCUGAUAUUGUCACUUUCCCUCUAAUUUGGUCAGAAAUGGCAGCAAUCAGGACUCUCAGGAAACUCUGUCAACACGCCCAACACCAAGUCUGUAAAUUGCACACGUCCGCUUCGAGACAGGAGGCCGUCAUUAUCUCAGGGAGGAAGCUGGCCCGUCAGAUUCGGGAUGAGGCCCGCGCUGACGUGGAAAAAUGGGUUUUAGAUGGCAACAGAAGGCCCCACCUGAGUGUAAUUCUUGUAGGGGACAACCCAGCAAGUCACUCCUACGUUCUCAACAAGACCCGGGCUGCAGCAGAAAUUGGAAUCUCAAGUGAAACGAUCCUCAAGCACACAGACAUCAGUGAGGAGGAACUACUGGACUUGAUCUACAAACUGAACACAGACCAUCGUGUGGACGGCCUGCUGGUCCAGCUACCUCUGCCAGACCACAUCGAUGAGCGUAUGAUCUGCAAUGCAGUCGCGCCUGCCAAGGAUGUAGACGGUUUCCAUGUGGUGAAUGUUGGCCGCAUGUGCCUGGACCAGACCACCAUGCUUCCUGCUACUCCCUGGGGAGUCUGGGAGAUAAUUCAACGCACGGGUAUUCCCACAUUUGGCAAAAACGUUUUAGUUGCAGGGCGCUCUAAGAACGUGGGCAUGCCCAUCGCCAUGUUGCUGCACACUGACGGCCAUCAUGAGAGACCUGGAGGAGACGCCACAGUCACCAUAACUCACCGUUACACUCCAAAGGAACAGCUUCGGCAACACGCCCAGAUUGCUGACAUCAUUGUGGCCGCGGCAGGCGUUCCCAACCUGAUCACAGCAGACAUGGUCAAAGAAGGCGCAGCUGUCAUCGACGUGGGAAUAAAUCGCGUGAAAGACCCAGUUACAGGAAAGGAUAGGCUGGUCGGAGAUGUGGACUUUGAAGGUGUGAGGAAAAAGGCGGGAUACAUCACCCCGGUUCCCGGAGGCGUCGGACCCAUGACUGUAGCCAUGCUAAUGAAGAACACCAUCAAAGCUGCCAAGAGCGUCCUGCAGUAUCCCCCAGAGAGAGUCCGCAUGGCUGCUGCAUCCUAAAUUUAAAGCAAAAAAAGUGCUUGAGCUACAGUGACACAUUCCAACCCCUGCCCCCUCCCACACCAAACUCCUUACAUUUUUAGCUUGGGGCAACCUGACAGGCUCCCGUUGCACACGGACUGGAACCAUGACAGCUUUCAGAAAUCUUUUCAAGCAUCAAGUCCAGCCAUAAUUAGCCUGUUACAUGCAGACGCAUGCUUUUUGUAACAGUAUUUAUCACUCCAAAUGUACUUCUGCUGUAAAGACAUUGAGAUGUUAACAAAUCUUGGGUGAGAUUGUUUCUGUUUAUUUCAACAAAGACGCAGUAUUUUAAACUUGAAUGACUACACUAGAGACUUUAUUUAGCUAAGCUGGCAAGCCGUUUUAAGCAGAGUUACAGACUCAUUUGCUGCUCUUUCAGUUAGUUUAGCCUUGUGCUACAGAUAAGGGCUAACAACAUCAGGAAUACAGAUGAUAUGAGCUUUAAAGAUUCACAAUUGCCUUUGUUGAACUUUGAAAUAAACAGUACAUUUAUCGUCA